AUGUCAUCCAAGGCAGCCUUAGGUGUCAACGGCAGCCAUGCCGCCCAGCCUGAACUGAUGAAGACUUCACGUGGUCGUGAGCACGCUGGUUCAGCGGCCAACUCGCGAGAAAUUGCCCACACAGCCUCUCCGCCGCAUCCCAAUGCAGUGCUUGCCGCCGCGCCGCCGGCUUCAUCCAUCGCUAAAUCUAGAACCACCGACGGCUCUGGCCCGGCCUCCCAAACACACAAGAGGCCAAAGAUUGGGGCUAAACAUAUUUUGAUACUCUGCCUCGCCACGGCAGCUUUCUUCUCCGUGCUGAUCACCCUCAGCCUACUGCGCCGUCAAGAGGCGAGCCACCCAAGAAGGGCCUGCGCUGACACGGAGGAGCAGCUGUUCGUGAAAACCUCGUUGGGCGAAAUCAAGGGAGCCGCCGUUGAGACCAGCAAUGGCCAGCGCGCACGCGUCUUCCUCGGCAUUCCCUUCGGCCAAGGCACGACAGGAUCCCGGCGCUUCGACCUCGCCAGUAAGGUCACCAAGCUACGCUCUCCUUUCGCGGCGGUGAAGCAAGGUCCCGCAUGCUUGCAGCCGUCAAUAGACGCCCCGGUACUGCGGUCGGUCACCAUCAUGUCUGACAACUGCCUCACCCUGAACGUCUGGGCUCCCAGCCGCUGCUCGAUGGAGGAAGGGGAGUCGUUGCCGGUGCUCUUUUUCAUUGGCGGCUGGAUGUUUCACUCCGCCAGCUGGAACGGCCUCUUCGACUGGAGCAGAAUGGCCAGCUAUGGCCGCGUGGUCGUGGUGUCCCCUAACUUCCGGCUCGGCGCUUCCGGCUUCCUGCACCGCAACGGAACCGGCCCGGAGAACGUAGGCGUCGAGGAUAUCCUGCUCGCCUGGCGUUGGACCAAGGAGCACAUCGCGUCGUUCGGUGGCAACUCCAGCAACGUGGUGCCGUUGGGUCACUCGAGCGGCGGCGUUGUAGUCUCCGCCUUGCCCGCCAGACCUGAACUGCUGGAUGUGAACCGGUCGGUGAUUCUGGCGCAGAGCAUGUUCACUGUAACUCCGGAUAACAGUGGAGUGAAAGGAGUGCGCAAAACCGAGUACCUCGGAGAACUUUGCUGCGAGAAGUCGUCCUGCACCGCUGAGCGCUCAAUUCCCGAAUACGUCCGAUGCCUGGCUCUCCUUCCAGCGGCGGAGCUGGUGCACUUGUUAGAGAUGAGAUUUUCGUUGGCACAGAUAAACCUCGAGGGCGGACCUUUCCUUUUCGCCGAUGCCAAAAGACUUCCGGAUGACCGAAGCUUUUUCGCAGGCAGAGAUCUGUUGCUCGAGAACACGCUUCACGAGGCGGACCGCGUGAUCGCACUUGGCAUAGAGUUGGAGAACCUCACGGACAGCGGGGUGGCCGACAUCAUCAAGUACCUUGCGCGCCUGAACGGUUUUCCGGAAGGAAAAGUCCUGAAAUACUUAGGCUCCUAUUUGGGCCUCGACGACGACAGCACAUCCCGGUCCGAUAAAUUGGAGAAGCUGAACGAACUGUUCACGAGGGCGGUGUUCCAGUGCCCCAUGCUGCAGUAUGCGACAGAAGCGGCGAAGGGUGGUGCGAACGUCCGCUUCAUAGUUUUGGCAGAGGAGGAGAUGACAGCUCUUGAUCACGCCACAAACGACGGGAUCUCCAGCGCCCACGGGAUCGACACCGGCGACGGUAUCGCCACGUACGGGGACGACCUGCGGUUGCUGUCGGGUGACCCUGCAGACCAGAGUUUAACGACCGCCCAGAUCAGGCUAUCCCACACCAUGAUGGGUUACAUGGCGGCGUUCGCGAGCUCAGGGAAUCCGGGACAUAUUUCGGCAAGAGAAGAGUGGCCUCUAUACAUGAAAGCCGACAAGAAAGUUGUUCUGCUGAACAGCUCAAUGACGUGGGCUGAGGCCAAGUGGCACGAACAACCCUGCAGCCAGCUGAUGAACGUGUUAUCCAAGGUUUUCCAGGACGACGGCGAUGUAUAA